AUGAAAAGGGUGGUUCUACUGGUAGCAGCUUUGUUUGUAAGCUCGGGCCUGGCCCAAACGCCGAUCGGAUGCCGUGAUAAUAAUGGAAACCCGGUUGAUUGGUCAGUUUUUUCGCGCUUGAUCGGAAAUUCGGCUUGGAACGUUAGAAAUCGCUGACAGACAGACACCAACAAAUUUUAAAAAAAAAAUCUCCAUUGAUUUUCUGGAAUUUGACCUAAAAGUUCAUCUACAGGUUCGUUUUCUACAAGCUGCCACAUCUGUACAAUCACCCGGACAACAAGCAAAUUUCCAAUGGUUCGGCUUUCAUGUACCUUGACGUCAACAACAAGGCGUGGGUGAGUCAUUUCGAAGAAUUUUAUAUUUCGUUUAAAAUUGUACUGGAAAUUUUGUUUUCCCUACACAUAGGAAUGGUAAAUCUUGAUUUUAAAAAGAAAAAAGUCAGGUUUUGUAAAGUUUUCCAACUUGAAUCUCUAGAUAACCGAAAAUUUUCACUAAAACAAGCCAAAACUUGGUUUCGAAAAAUCGGUUUUUAAAAGCCGAUAGUUCUUCUUUCUUCCAUAAAAAAACAACUAGUGGUGGCUUUUUUCCCCUUUUCCAAAACAAUUUUUGAAAAAAAUUACUCUUUUCGAGGUUUUUGUUUGAACUUUUCCCAUACCUUUUCUACUUCCUAGUCUCCAGAAAAGCUAAUUUGCCAAAAACUUGCUAAAUUUGCCCUUUUUGUUUUCAGAAACUAAUGGAAAUGGGUCUCGACGCGCCAAACCAGGCUCUCUACCACACCCUACAGCAAUACUACACAAUGGAUCAAACAUCGGUAAUGAAUAACAAAUUAAUGUCAAAAUAUGAAUCGGAAUAACUUGCAAAUAAAUGCAAAAAUUUAAUUUCAGACGUUCUCGAUAAUGUACAAUGACGAAUGGCCGAACAGCACAAUUUGGAGCAACGAUUCGGGUCAUUGCAAAGGUUUUGGAACACUUUUGAUGUAUUUCAUAGUACCAGUUCGCCAGGAUUUGAAAAAAAUUCUGAUCUUUUUUUGCCAUUUUUAAAGAUCCCAAAUAUCCCCCAUUCACGAUUUGGAACAAAAUGAUUUCUCUGCCCUUUUUCUCUCUACAUCCCUCUUUUUUCACUUGCUCUUUUUGUGGUGAGAGAAAAGAGCGCACAGACAAGUCAGACUGUUUCAAGUCAUGGUGAAUGGAGUAUACAUAAAAUGGGUGCGAAAAAAAAAUUGGAAAAAGAGCUUUUCUUAAUUUUAUCUUUUACCUGUAGAAAACGUUGAAUAACCGUUAUAUAGUUUUCCAAAAAAAACAAUUUUGAAUUUCUGUAUUUUCUUUUUUUCCAACCGAUCCCAUCCUCAUUUCCUUAUGAAAAGGGCUAUUUCUAAACUAAUUCUCCAAACGGGAAAAUUAAGCUUCCAGGAGUAUCGGUAUUCAAUCAGAGCGGUGGCUUCUGGCUGAUGCACAGUAUUCCGAAAUACCCGAGUAAUGUCACAUACGAUUUUCCGCCAAACGCCCACUACUACGGUCAGAUGGGCAUUUGUGUCUCAUUUCCUCUGGCUACGCUUGGUGAUAUUGGUAAGGUCCCUUUCAAGCCCACUUUUAAAUUUUGAAAAACGAAGGAUGAAAGCUGAAAGUUUUCAUAACAGCUUCAAUGGUGCACAGCUUCUUCUUAACAAAGUUUUCAAAAAUAUCAAGCUUACCAGGGAAUGGUCUCAGCCCACAGUGGGACUUCUGAAUGAGACCAAGUUUACUAGAUGUAGUUUUUCACGCUGAUUCCAAAUCUGGUCUCAAAAGUUGCCCAAUACGUCUGAAAAAAAAGUUAUGGACCCUUAAAAGUCGAAAUUUUUGAUAUCUCCGAUUGAGCUAAUAUUUGGAGGAUAUGUAGUCAUAGGGCAACUUUGGGAAUCAGCGUGAAAACCUACAUCUAUCAAACUUGGUCUCGUUCAGAAGUCCCAUUGGGUCCAGAGACCAUUUCCUAGUUAGAUAAUAUUUCCAAUGUAUCAAAUGCAAGAAAGAUAUUACUGUACCGUCAAAAAAGAAAAUUAGAAUUCAAUAAAGAUAUCAUUUUCGAAGUUUCCAGCCACUCAACUCUUCUUCUACCGUCCAUUCACCUAUCAAAUCAAUCUACCCGACACUUUUGCUAAUACGUUCCCAAUGCUAGUUCGAGUGAAGAAUGGGGAAUAUCAACAGGUAGAAAAAAUAAGGAAGCUUCUACAACUAAAAAAAAACUUUAAGACUCAACCCUACACAAGUUUGAAGUUGUUGAGGAGUGUUGGAGGGUCGUCGUUUCAGCAUUUCGCCAAAGCUGGCGCUUUUGGAAAAGGUUGGUCUUUUGCCUAAUAAAGGUCUUGAAGGUAUACUUUUUUUAUAUCGAUUAUUUAUCUCAAAAUAAAUUUUUUUUAAUUCUCGUCUCAAAAAUCAAUAGAUUUUCAGCUUUUUCCUGUUCUUUUAAUUAUUUUUUGUUGAGAAAUAGUGAGCUACUACUUGAGAAUAAUAACGAACGAUUUAUAUUUCUGAAAGGCUGUUAAAGGCGCCGAGAUCAAAUUUAUAGAGGUCCCGAGAAGAAGAGCCGUUUCCAUUGGUAAUUCAGCUCAUGCAAGGCUUCUGCGCCUUUAAAAACCACAAAAAUUAUUUUAAACUUUAAUUUACAACCUUCUAGUUCAAUUGUGCGAAAUUCAUUGAUGAAUAUAAAAAUAUUUCAGACCUUUACUACGAUUUCGUCGCUCCAACACUUCGCACCUCGUUGAAAGUUCAAUCUUGGCAACAUGGGAACGCCUCGUCCAACUUAUUUUCCUGGUGCAACGUCGGCGAUACCCAAGAUGUUGGUUGACGCCUUGAAACAUUUGAAAAUGAAUGUACCUAUGAAAUAAUUUAGGUUCUGAACGCUGAGGACAUUGCUUUGCCGUUCAACGUCAACUUUACUAAUUACGAUGAUCAUUCCAAGUUUGCCGUGGCAUUCAGCCCAUCGUACAACGCGAAUCCACCGCCAUACGUUUGUAUUGGCGAUAUUAAUCGACAGGUUUGUUCGAAAACUAGUAGACAGUAUUAGCAAGAACUUCAUCGAAUCGAAAGUUCGAAGACAAUGUGGAAAAAAACGUUUGGAUUCUUAACGGAAUGUUCUACCCAAAAAAAAAAAAUUGUGAACCCUCGGGCCAAGUCAAGGGGCUCAAAAAGGUCGCAGAAAGGCAGCAGAAGGGCAGACCUUUAUCGACCCUUCCAUUUUUCUGGAAACUUUAAGGCUCAAGAAAUAGUGGAAAAGGGAGAGGCAGCAAAAAUGAUGCACAAGAGCCGAUGAAAUGGCGCAAAAAGUCACCCAAAAGGAAAAUUUCUAUGGAACCUUUUUCGAUCCUUUCCGACUUUGCCUGCUAAAAAAAACUUUUAAAAAAAUCAUUUUUUGCAAUAUCUUAUCUAAAAGCCUCCAAUUUCUUCAUUCAGGUCCAUCAAAUGGCUCGAGGCGGGGGAACGAUGUGCUUAGGCGACUACAGUCUUCAUUACAUGUAUAGUACAGUCAUUUCAAGGACUUACGCCUGUGAUGGAACUCACAGCCGAAAAUGA